AUGGAUAGUGUAGAGAAGCGGGCCUCCUUCAGACCGGCCCUGCUCGUUGUGGACGUGCAGGAAGAUUUUUGUCCCCCAGUGGGCAUCAUCCCCAAUCUCCUCUCCGUGCCCGACAACUUACAUCAAGUAGAGUGGAAGUCUUGCACGACUCGGGACUUCCAUCCACAGGACCACAUCUCUUUUGCGACAUCUCAUCCGGCUCCAAAUAACAAGCCCUUCGAGUCAACAGUGAAGAUCUUGAAUCCGUUCGAUCAGUCACAGAAUCAUACCAUUCGCCUUUGGCCUCCACAUUGCGUGCAAGGAACGCCAGGGGUCGAGAUCAUACCUGAGAUCGAUGUCUCGAAGCUGGACGUGAUUGUGGACAAGGGGAAAGACUCGAGGCUCGAGGUCUACUCAGGCUUUGCGGACGUCUUCGGUAGAAAGUCGUCAGAAGCAGCGACUGUGGAUCUGACUAGCCUUCUGCAAGGCCAUCGCAUAACCCACGUAUAUACCGUAGGGCUUGCAGGAGACUUCUGCGUGAAAUGCACUGCCGUCGACGCCAAGAAGGAAGGCUUCGAGGUGUAUGUCGUGGAGGAAGCCGUCAAAAGCAUUGAUUCUGGGCCAUCAGGCUGGGAGGGGGCAAAGGCAUCAAUGACCGAGCUAGGAAUCCACAUCGUGAGCACCAAAGGUGAAGAAGUUGCCCUCCUCAAGCAGCGAGAAUAG